AUGCUUCCAUAUCUUGUUCGAAGGGAUUCCUUCCUGUCUACACGCCGCAUUUAUGGUCCUCAUCUUACAGUUAACUUCAAACCCGAUAAAUCCUGGCCACCGAGUCGCGUCCCAACCGACGUGUUCUUUCUGAUCAGUCAAUACUUGACCAAGGCUGAUCUCGCUCGGCUUCGGCUAGUGAAUCGCGAGUUUGCAUUGAAGCUUGAUUAUCUCUUCUUCUACAAGGUGUCGGUUUCAUUAUCGCCCGACUUCUAUGUGGCAAACACACAGAAAGAGGACGAUGUGGGCGUUUUUGAAAGAGUUGGGGCUAAUAUCACAAAGUUUGGGAUUACUCUGGACAUUGAUGAAGCCACUUUAUUGCUGCCUCCCCUUCCCGCCAAUCCUAUCUGCCCAAAGCUCUUCGGUUCGGGUGAACAUGACCGACUAGAUCGCGACCGGGUGUUUUAUCAACGGCUCAGAGACACGGAGCUGCUCGUAUGUCGGCGCUGGCGGAUGGUAAAGGCCUUUUCCCACUUAACAGCGAUGAAGGAAUUGGCACUUAGUUUCAACACCGGACUGGGUUGGGUGUCACCUCCCGUAUUCAAUCGUUUCCAGCCCAUAUUUCUACAGCCUCCAGUGGUCUUUCGAAAAAGGCAUUUGCAUCUGUCUCCCCACCAGUAUUUGUUGCCAAAUGAUAUUGUCCGGUCUGGUACAAGGGUUGCUCCUGGUCCAUAUGUGUUGUCCGCAGCCUGUGGUGAGAGAGCAGUAACUACAUGGUAUGGCACUGAUGGCUCACGAUUUUGUGAAACAUGUCGUCAUCAAUCGCAAAUCGAGCUCCUAGCUGAAACCUCAUCGGUGAUCCAAAGAUUCUUCUCUUCAUUCUUCCUGGCGGUCAUUGAUAACGGCCAGGUCUUCCAGAAUGUGCAUACACUUACGUUCUCUGGCAUCUCCUCCGGGUUAUUACACAAUUUGAACAACUUGGAGUUUUUUGCCUGCUUCCGUGGCUUGAAGUCACUCAGCAUCCUUGUCUAUGCAGACUGGAGGAAGUUCGAUGAGGAUCGAACGAGUCUACAGCAAAUACUACCAAGUGAGGCUCGUUCUGAGUUCUACCAGAUACUUCAGGAACAGAUAUUGCCACUGUCGAAUAUCGAGUCCUUGACGUUGGGUUAUAUCGGAGGAGGCGAGCAUGCUCACGGCGCCCUCGUCCGCAACCGAAACAUUCUCCCGGCUCCAAUCAUGCGGGAACCAGCGACUUCGGCCAUGGGGAAAGCAAGAAACUCGGUCAUCUGGUUUAAACACGUAAAAUCACUCACAUUCGAGAACUGUUGGUUUGCACCCUCCGCGUUGAUUCAAUUCUUGACCCAUUCGAAGAGGAGCCGUUUGGAGAACUUAGUUUUUGAUUCGUGCUCUUUGGCUUCGACUCCUGGCCGCAAGGAUCACGCGUUGAUUCGGUGCGGCCAUGGAACGUACCCAGCGUGGAGGAAGUAUAACCGUCGGGUCCCGUCUGGCAUCUGGAUCUCGAUUCUGGCACAGUUCGGGCCGUACCUCCCGCUUACCGACCCAAACCUGCCCGCAUCCUCGCAGUUUUCGGAUCUAAAGCUGCCAAAACGCAAGCCUCUUGACAACCUUCGUCGGAUGGAUUUUGUUUCUUGUGGAUAUGUUUUGCUGGGCCCGUUUUACAACCAGACCAAUCUCGUCGUGGAUGAAAAGAGCAACGAUCUGAGACGCUCGGAGACGGAGAAGUGGCUUCGGGAGGCCGUGCGCGAUGUUGACGUGUCCAACGCGCCCGUGUAUGCACCUUUUACCAAGCAGGUGUACGACGGAGAUAACCUUCUUGGAAGCAUUAUCCAGUCGAUUGACGAGCGUGAAGAGUAUACGCUGGCGAUGGGAUAUAAUUUCAUGUUUGGCUGGCCUGCAGGCGACGGACUCCGGCGGCUUGUUGAAGAGGAUGGAUGGAAGCCUGGCGGAACAGGGAGAUUUACCGGGAGGGUAGCUCGUCCUGAAGAGAAAGAUGCUGAGGCUUGA